GGCCUGUAUCGGAAGCGCUCGGCGAAUUUCGCCUCUUUGUUUUACUGAUAGUGGAUUUAACUCGGAUUCGAGCCCUGAUAUCCACCGGAGUGCUCCGCGGAGAAACAGGUGUGUGAGCAGUGGUCCAGAAUGCGGAGUUAGUAUCGGUCUCCAUCUGCUAGAAGAAGCCUGGCUGCCUCAUUCUCUGCAGUAAACACAUGGCGGCAAUAGGGAACCCAGAGAUGCUCACAAGAAAGAUUAAAUUGUGGGACAUCAACGCCCACAUAACGUGUCGCCUGUGUGAGGGGUACCUAAUCGACGCCACUACUGUAACCGAGUGCUUACACACAUUCUGCAGGAGCUGUUUAGUGAAGUAUCUGGAAGAGAACAACACGUGUCCCACAUGUAGGAUUGUCAUUCACCAGAGCCACCCACUGCAGUAUAUCGGCCAUGACAGAACAAUGCAAGACAUCGUCUACAAGUUGGUGCCAGGACUGCAGGAAGCGGAGUUGAGAAAGCAGAGAGAUUUCUAUCAGAAGUUGGGUAUGGAGGUGCCUGGAGACAUCAAAGGAGAGCUGUGCAACAUGAAGCCCCACCUAGAUACACAGCGCAACGGUGACGUAAAACCAGAGGAUGGAGCCAAUAAGGAAGGAGAGGAGAAGCCAGAAGAAGAUAAUGAUUAUCAUCGCAGCGAUGAACAAGUGAGUAUCUGUCUGGAGUGUAACAGCAGUAAGCUGCGUGGACUGAAGCGUAAAUGGAUCCGGUGCUCAGCACAGGCCACAGUCCUCCACCUAAAGAAAUUCAUCGCCAAGAAGCUCAACCUGACAUCCUUUAACGAGCUGGAUAUUUUAUGCAAUGAAGAAAUCUUGGGCAAGGACCACACUUUAAAAUUUGUUGUCGUGACGAGAUGGAGAUUUAAGAAAUCCCCUCUACUCCUGCAUUACAGACCUAAAAUGGAUUUGCUGUAGUUGGACAAAACUGGUUGUUUUUGGCCCAGUGGCCCAGGACUGUGCAACACAACGCUAUUUAUGCAGAGACUAUCAAUGCCCGCACCAAACAGACCCCUGUCCCAGGAGUCGAACCAUACACGAGCCAGCAAACAACGAAAACCAGCUCAGUUACUGCUCCACACUGGCGGCUUAGCCAAACAACCACAGGCUUUUUAGUUUUUUUUUUUUUUCUUUUUUUUUUUCCUUCUUUUUCUGUUCGUCCUCUACGUCCUGGAUAUGUGAAGACUGAGAGACAGAGAAAAAGAGAGAGAGAGCAUAUAUUUAUACUUUUGUACAGAAGAGAGAGAGACACACAUGGACUCGAGACACUACUGGUGCUCUGUUUACACACACAACAAAUGAAUCAACUGGACGAGAGAUGACCGAACAGUUUUUAUACAGAGUGGUGGACGGACGGACGGACGGACGGACGCCUGGGCGGGCGGGCGGGCGGACGGACAGACGGGCACCGCUCCCGCCGGCAGAAGCCUUCCGUCACACUCCUAACCGAAAGGGGAGAAAAGGAGGAGGAGUUCUCUGCUGUUUGCUCUCUUUCAGGUCUACAACAACAGCUCAACACAACACAGGCUCGGGAGCACACACACACAAAAUCUAGAGUAUCCAACAAGAGACAUUAUUCCUAAAUACAGUUGAGUUGUGAAUCGUCUCAGAGCGUUUUUUUCUUUCUCCCUUUUCUUAUCGCGUCACUGAAAGUGGAAUUGUGAAUAGGCAAAUUUUGUGUAGUAAUUUAUGUUCUUUUUACGAGUAUUGUACAUAAAAAUUGUUACAACAGCA